UCCAGCUAUGCUGGCAGCUACAACAGCGUGUUCAACAGGAGCCGCGGCAUAUUCCAAAUCCGAGAACGGGGUGACUAUUGAGGAACGCCUCCACGCUUUUGGCACGCGCUAGAGUUCCCAUGUUGCACAUGGAGAGAAGGAUAAAAGCGGCAAGACAGGACGCUUGAAGCCGUGGAGGACAUUAAGAGAAACGGAAGAAUUAAUGGAUACGGGUAAAACAAGACACUUAGGCCCUGGAACGUAGAGAAAACGGUGAAAGGAGCAUGUCACUAGAAAUCCUGCGCUGCGGCAUCCACUGCAACGAAGACAUGACGACUGAAUAUCGGACAAGCACGGAUAGUGUCGCCUCCUAGGUAAUCAUAAGUGUUCGAGCCACUGCUCCGAUACGCAGACGGGAAAGGUGUAGAGGCGCGCCGGUAGGAUCUAAAAACGCCUGCUUUUGGUAUCUGAAGACUCUGAUAUAUUGUUGUUGCAAUAUUUUGACUUGUAUUGAUGAAAAAAGCUUUUAAUUCGCGUACGAUACAUUGCAACGAUACCGAACAUUGAACCAUGUUGUGAAGUUAGCGCGGGUGCUUUCCGACUGCAGAAAUCUGUUUGUGGUGACCCCGAUUGAGGAGACGCUGUGCAGUUAUAGCUGAUUAUCUUCCGUACAACGAACAGGCCGUAACACACGUUCGAAACAAAUCAGUGCCUUGCGUAAAAAUUGCUCCACAAAAGGCCGAAUGCCGCCAACAGACUUCGUUAUAUCAUGGCUUGAUAACCUGGCAAUGCUUGCCCCAUUGCGCCUUUGUCAUGAGCAUUAACUAAGUGGGAGGUGGACGGAACACGCAGCUAGAUUGAACAUAAACACACCGAGGGUUAUUCUACUAUGGUCGUCUCCAAAAAGGUAUUUGAAUGAAGUUUAGUUGAAGUUCUGUCGUCAUCGUCGUUGUCGUCGUGUGCAGGAAUUCCAUUAACGGGGGUUCCUCCCCUUGGGGGUGAUGCGGCAGCCUCUGAUAUCCCUACUCUACGAGGUUCCGGGGCGGGCCCGGCCGAUCCUCCUUCUGUUCGCCGCCAGCCUCCUCACAACCUCGUUAACCACGAUACUCCUAACAGUCUCCUGGACAUCCCAAAAUGCGUUCGCGCAUUGGUCCGUCACACACGCCGAUUACCAGCCUUAUCAUGCCAAUCCCACUCAUCUUGUGCUCUGUCCACGCUACAUCCGACAAGGUCAGCCAUACCGCUUCUUAGUGUCGCUGUUCCAGCUUGCCCGACCCGUCAUUGUUACAGCCACCGUUCAUCGCGACGGGGUCGAAAUUGCCAAAAUUGAGAAGGAAGUUGCAUCCGAAGGUGUACCCGAACUAAUCACCUUCACCUUACCCACAAACCUCUUGCCUGGCCACUAUCGGCUGCAAGUCGAAGGCGCUAUAAACGACUUCAAUGGAGGCGUGGCGUUUAGUAACGAGACGAAUCUCAGUCUUCUUCAGCGAUCAUUGACUAUCAUCGUACAAAUUGAUCGGCCGCUUUACAGACAAGGUCAAACUGUAAAAUUUCGGGUGAUUCCUGUGACAACGGAGUUCACGGCAUAUCAGGAAGCGCUCGAUAUCAUUAUGAUCAAUCCAUCUGGUUUCGAAAUGAAGCGCUGGUCAUCCCGGCGCAGUGUGUCAGGCUGGCUAGGGCUCGAGUAUCCAUUGAGCGAGUUACCUCAACUUGGCCGGUGGACGAUACGCGUCAAAGCAAAUGGCUACUCUCAUGAUGAACAUUUUUAUGUGAAGGAAUAUUAUCCUCCGCCCUUUGAGGUACAAGUGCACAGCCCAUCUUUCAUCAUUUCGUCAGCACAGUUUCUCCGUGGUACUGUAUAUGCCAAUUAUUCGAGCGGUGCUCCGGUGGGUGGAAACAUUUCCGUUAUCGCUGUUAUGGAAGCCGUUACAAAAGAGGAUAACAGAGAGAGUAAAGGCUACGAAAUGAGUCUUGACUCGUUCUACGGAGUAUGGAAUUUUGAGUUUCCGGUUAGCGACCUCCUCCGGUCGACGAAAAACGUGCAGCGAUUCAAACUAGUUGUCAAGGCAAAGGUGAUGGACGCAAGGACAUCGCUCAUUCGCAAAGGUUACUCGGAGUCGCUCAUCUUUCGGAAAUCAUACACGCUUCGGUUCGAAGGACCUGCAAAACAGGUGUUCAAACCUGGCCUUCCAUUUCGUGCAUACAUCGAGUUGCGCUAUCAGGACGGUACUCCUGUAGAGCUAGAGUGGUUCCGCGGACGUCCGGUAUCACACUAUCUGAAUGUAAACAUCUUCGUGCCUAGUCUUGCCGCACAGCCGAAACUUCAACACCCUCGGAUUCUGCCAACGGCUGGCACGCGUUGGGAGGUACAAAUUGACGUCACUCCGAACUGGUCCAACUCAUCGCGGCCGAUCUUCCUUGAAGCCCGCUUUUUCGACGAAUACUUUGGGACGGAACGAGCGAAGCUAGUGCUCCUUCCAGAGUUUUCUGAGAAUUCGCACCAUCUUUCAAUAUCGACAAGCACACGUAAUGCUAAAGUGGGCGAGUUCAUCAUCUUCCACGUCCGAGCAAAUUACUACGUUGAGUCGUUCCAAUAUUUGGUAAUGUCAAAGGGAGUAAUCAUCAGGUCGGGAGUGGAAGCCAUGACAUCCUCGAUCCGAACGUUCGCGAUCACGCUAACAAAGGACAUGGCUCCAAGGGCUGUCAUUAUUGUAUAUGAUCUUACAGCGGAUGAUAAACUCCUUGCAGACAGCCUUGAGUUUCCUGUUGACGGAAUUGCCAUGAACAAAGUGGGCAUCCGCAGUGAAUCGAAAGACCGUUCCGGUUCAACUAUCGAUCUAACCGUUUUUGGCGAUGUCGGAUCAAUCGUUGGGAUUUCAUCUCAACCACUUGACGUACUCGCUACAUACAUCCAUCACCCGAUCUCUACGCGCAGGGUGGCGGCCGCAUUGGAAUUUAGCGAUAGCGACGCGCCCCAUGCCACACAAGUAGACACCCACUCGACGUUUCAGGUGUCUGGCUUGGCGCUCUUCAGCGAUGCGUACGUAGGCCGGCGGCCUCGUGUUUGUGUUACUUCUGCUGGUUACGCGUCGUGUUUCGAUGGCUCAUGCUACAGCACUUCGAAGAUGUGCAAUGGAGUGGAGGACUGCGCUGAUGGAGCCGAUGAGUUCUCAUGUCAUCAUCGGCACACCAUCGACUGGGAGAAAUUUCGGAGCACCCGCAGGAAUUUAGUUAGUUCAGAUUUCGAAGCUACUUGGCUAUGGAAAGACGUCAGCAUCAGCGCUACAGGCCAGAGCUUAGUGUCAAUCUCUGCACCAUCCAGCUCUUGCCCCUGGGCAAUCUCUGCUGUUGCCAUAUCUCCAUUUCGUGGAAUCUACACGCUACCAAACCCUGAAAUGAUGACCUCAUCGCGUCCGUUUUAUAUGUCAGUCGACGCCCCAAAAGCGGCUCAGCUGGGCGAGCAUUUUUCGGCUCGCGUGGCGCUGUUCAAUCUUGGCCAAACGAAGCUCGAGGUGCUGGUAACUCUGGCCAAUAGCCUGGACUACAAAUUCGUUUACGUGAAUGCCCCCCUAGACAGCUCUUCUAAUGGAAACUAUCGCUAUAGCAAACAUCACCAGUAUAGGAGCGACGAUGAAAAAGCACAGAAAUUAAAAAGCAUCAGACAGCUUCAGCAACACCAUCAACAGCCCAUCACGAUGUACGGCGAGCAUCAACAUCUUGUGUUUCUCUGGCCACAGCGUCCCGUAGUUCUGCUUUUCCCAAUCGUGGGAAUUCGGCCCGGGGAGACGAAUCUCACCGUCGCCGCUAAGACUCAGACCAUGAAGACCUCUAUGUCCACUACCAUCAAGCUUAUCCCUGAGGGCUUCGAAUGGCGGUCCCGUGUUUCAUUAUUGGUGGACAUUCCACGAGGGGCAUACGUCCUCAAGCAACUCGACACAGGCGUGACCGGGUUGAUGAAGGAGAUGCCGUUCGGCCCUGUAGGAUUGAAACAUAUGCCGGUUGGUGACUACAGCACUGCUGAAAUCAUCAUUACAGGAAGCGCAUUUGGCCCGCCAUUUGCGACGUCGCCACUUACCGCUGGUACGGUAUUUGGCCUUCCUGGCGAGACGGGCGAGGCGAAUAUGUUUUCGUUUGCUGCAAGUCUACUGUCACUUCAAUUGCUUCAGGCCAACAAGAACCUCGUUCGUAGGCAUCGUCAUAUUUUUCAGCACCUAUUUCUCACGUACCAAACCCAACUCAGUUACCAGAGAGAUAAUGGAGGAUUCGCCAUGUUCACACAUUCGGACGCUCCUGCUAGUGUUUGGUUAACCGCUCUAACGGUCCGCUAUUUUCACAAGGCUAAUCGUCUAUUUCCUGAAUGGAAGAACUUUGUCCAUAUUGAUCAUAAAGUUCUCGAGAAGGCGCUUGCUUUCUUGCUUGCUUCGCAAGCAAAAAACGGCGCGUUUCACGAUCACGAUGGAUACUUUACUUACGAUCGAAAGAUGUCGCUCAAGUGCACCGACGACAACCAUAAGGCGGUCAACGUAUCACUCACCGCGUACGUGACAAUCGCUCUGCACGAACUGCGGAACUUCGAAGGGCCGUUAUCGGUAAAAAUACUGCCCGCCAUUCGUCAGGCUCAGGAAUAUCUCGAGUAUUCAGUGACGUACAGCGCUAAGGAAGAUGAUCCUUAUCAACUUGCUAUAACUGCCUAUGCACUUCUUCUAAUCUCUAGUUCCGAAGCGGAAUACGCGUUCGCGUUACUCGAUCGAAAGUACAUUCAAGACGGUGAUAUGCGGUACUGGUCGAAGCGGCGAUUUCAAACAAACCCUUCAGUCACUGAAGCAGGCGGAGACGGUGAUCUUCCAUUUGUUCUUGCGGCAGGGUCGCAGCCCCCCCAGGUGACUCCCCUCACCCGGAGUGAGCUGCACGCUGUUGAUGUUGAAACAACGGCAUACGCUUUGCUAGCGUAUCUUCAUGGCAAGGCCGUACUCGUCAAACCUAUUGUCGAAUGGUUAACGCAACAAAGAAGCCGCAAAAGCGGCUGGGCCUCGACUCAAGAUACGAUCGUUGCUAUGGAAGCACUGCUUGAAUACGAGAAAAGAGUGUUUAGCAGCGAGGCUGAGGAGCGCGAACUUUCCAUGACCAUCACUAUUGAAGCUACAUGUCUUCCAGGCAUCUCCAAACAGUUCCACGUCUCAAUCGCAAAUCGUUACCAACCACAACGGUUCCGAAUCCCGAAUGCUUGGGGUCAGCUCACAGUGCGAGCACGUGGCGUAGGAAGCGCCUUACUUCAAAUAGCACUCAGUUCCCGUCAGCAUCAGCCUCCGCCACCGAUUUCACACUCGUUGUCGCUAUCCGUAAAGGUCUUCUCGUCGGGACGUAAUCAUUCUCGGAUUCAUUUCCGCUCAUGUCAGAGCUGGCUAGACGGUCGUGGAAUUGGGGAAGUCCGAGGACUAAGCAGUGAGAGUGCGGUAAGCGGCCUCGUCGUCCUUGAAGCAGCUCUUCCCACUGGCUAUGGGGUUGACCGUGAUACCCUGCUCCAUUACGUACACUCGGGCACCGCAAGGAACUUGCGUCAUGCACACACUCUCGAUGACGGACGUGCAGUGUUCUAUUUCGAUUAUUUGGACUCCUCGCCAAUCUGCAUCAACUUCACUGCCCUAAGACUACGACCAACUGCCGUGGUGAGCCGGCACACACUCGUCAAAGUCUACGAGUACCACGAACCCGAGCGUUUAAAUCAGACCCUGGUAGAUCUUUCAUUCCUGCAUGCGUUGCAAGUCUGCGACGUGUGCGGUUCUUACCAGUGCGUACAGUGCCCAUCGUACAACGGCGCCCAGGACACGUACUAUAGGACAUCUAGCCAAAAUCUUCUAGUGGUACUCACCAUCGUCACGAGCCUGAUCUCUCACGGACCACGGUGCAGAUAGAGCCUGGUUCAGGCGAUGACAACCAAUAACCAUGAAAACGAGCGUACCGUGUAUAUAGCAGUUAAUAUGAUCUUACAAUGAAUGAGCAGGCUCUCAUCUUGUUUUGAUGGUGCCUGGAUACUGAGAUUAGUGUUGCCGCGGCACGUAAACGUGUGUGAUCACUGCUACGAGUCAUCAUCGUCCCGCUUGGUGGGCGUGCACGACUGUAGAUUUAAUGAGUACACCACGUGACUCAGUUAGGUGGCGAAACUCCGUGAGAUUAGAAAAAAAUGUAGGUGAAGUCGAGAGAGGUGACGCGAGUAUGCAGUCUUUUGCAGUAGAAAACAGCGUUGGCCUAAAGGAUAGGUUGGGGCGCGGAGGGGUUAUCCAGAAAGCGAUCUAUCGAUGUAGAUAGCUAUAAAAAUAAUUCAUUAACUAACAAUAAUUGGAAAGCAAUACUUGAUGGUAUCUUAAAGGGACAGCAGGGACAAGUCAAGAAAUGAAAACUACUAAUUAGAGCUUCACAAUGGUUUAAAUAGGAGAGACCGCGUUGAGCGAGCCUCUUCGGUACACUGCCUUGACCUAACGAUUGCCACGAUGCCUCGAAUUUAAAGCAUGGAUAAGCAGGAAGUCUUCAGUUUUCAGUAUCCUUGAAGUCAAUAAUAAUCAUAAAAUUAGGCGACUAAUUCAGAUUGUUUGACUCGGCUUCCCCGUUGAUGGUGAGCAGGCCCUACUUCUUCCCCACCCGCAAGUAUUAGGAAGAAAUUGAGAGGGUAAAAAAAGCUAUUUCUCCAUUUAGGUAGGUUAGAACGAAAUGGAGGCCCAGUGUGUCGGUUUGGCUGUUUGUAUGUAAAUAGCGUCGUUUAAUAAUGAUAGAAUGGGUAAUGAGUGUUGUUUUGAUGCAGGCUUUUUGCUAACAUAUAUACAAUGAUUAUCAUGCUGAACUCCUAUGGAACCUUUCUGAGAGCAUCGUAGGUUGUCUUAAGAUAGGGAAAAAUUUAUAAGGAAUGUUGUACCCGGCGUAAAUGUAAAUAAUAAUAAGACACAUUGCUAGAUAGUAAAACAGAUAAAAAAAAUAACAAGGAGGGAAAAAUUUUCAAACAUGGGAUAGGGACAGCGAAACAGAGGUACACAGCUAAAUCGAAAAGAAGGAACGACAGAUGUUUAGAGAUCAUAGAAAUAUAAAAAAAAAAAGUCAUACAGAUGAAAAAGAAUGAGAUAUAAAGUUCAAAAAGAGCAAUAAUAACGCAUUUCUUAAUUCUAGAUUCUCGCGCUGCGUUUUAGAUAAGGUUGAUCC